ACCAAAUUAAAAGAAAAAAAAAAAAAACCCUAACAGACAUUCCAGAAGAAGCCUAAUCAUGGUUUCCAAGCUCAACACAGAGGAAGAGAUGGCUAAAUUCGCCAUUGUUCCGGCGCAGACGCGGCGGAAAGGGAUCGGAAUCCGGGCAUGGCUGGUGGUGUUGGAGUCCGGGCAGUCGCAUCUGGAGGAGCUCGGGAAGCACUCGGUGAUGCGGCGGACUGGGCUGCCCGCGCGCGAUCUUCGGGUUCUCGAUCCGGUGUUGUCGUAUCCAUCUACGAUACUCGGGAGGGAGAGGGCUAUUGUGAUCAACUUGGAGCACAUCAAGGCCAUUAUCACCGCUAAGGAGGUGUUGAUGGUGAAUAGUAAUAAUCCUUUGAUUGUGCAGUUUGUUGAGGAUCUUCAGCAUCGCGUCAUGCCAAAACCGGCAAUGGAAAGCCAUGACAAAGAGAUAGAGGAUGCAGCUGAUGCUAAUUGGGGCUCACCCUCAGUACAUGGUUUUAAUGGUUCAGUAACAAAUUCAAGAAAAAGGCCAUCUCAAAGGGUUAAUGUUUCCUUUGAAGUGCUAAAUGUUGAUGUGAAAGAAGACAGCCCUAAGACCUCAGAGGAUGAACGAGUAGCUGCAGGACCAAAGGUGUUACCAUUUGAGUUCAGAGCACUAGAAGCUUGUCUUGAAUCGGCUUGCAGGUGCCUUGAGUCUGAGACACAAACACUGGAGCAAGAGGCAUAUCCAGCAUUGGAUGAACUGACUUCUAAUAUCAGCACACUUAAUCUUGAGCGUGUUAGACAGAUAAAGAGUCGCUUAGUUGCAAUAUCUGGUCGGGUACAGAAGGUUAGAGAUGAGCUUGAACAUCUGCUUGAUGAUGACAAUGAUAUGGCUGAGAUGUUUUUGACAGAAAAGCUUGUUCGCCCCUCUUUGGAUCAGUCAUCAAUAAAAGAGGAAUUAUGCAAUGAUGAACUUGAAGAAGAUGAUGAAAGGACUGAAGAAUCCAAGUCUGAGAGUAACUCCGAAAUCUUCAGUGGCUUUAAGCCCAAUAUUGAGGAAUUGGAGAUGCUUUUGGAAGCCUACUUUGUACAAGUAGAUGGCAUCUUGCAGAAGCUGUCUGAUAUGAGCGAAUAUGUGGGUGACACUGAGGACUUCAUCAAUAUCAUGUUGGAUGACAAACAAAAUCAGCUGCUGCAAAUGGGAGUGAUGCUGAGUACAGCAAACAUGAUAAUCAAUGCUGGUAUUGUGGUUGUGGGGUUGUUUGGAAUGAACAUAACCAUCUCUCUUUUUGACGGUGGCCCGUCUACCAAAUUCUUGGAAACUACCUUGGGUACAUUAGGAAGUUGUGUAGCGCUAUAUUUAAUUGCUUUUGUUUGGGGUAAGAAGAAAAAACUGUUGGGUUCAUGAACUUGUUUGGAUAGAGAGAACACUUGCGCUUUAUAAGAUUUUUAUAAUAUGAAUUAAUACUGUCA